AUGGCGGAAAACGUCAAUCAGAACCUGGAUCUAGCACAAAUUUUGGCUACGCUUGCGAACCUGCCCAAACCGGAAGCUCAGCCAAUUCAAGAUCAACAACAGCCAUACGAGCCCUACCAAAGUCACCAGGGGUACCCGGAACCUCAACAGGCAUAUCCAAAUCAGCAAAGUGCUCCGUAUCAACAAUCAGCUGACCCUCGUCUGGCUGGUCGCGCGCCUCCUCAACAUCGACAACCACCUCCCAUACCACAAGACAGGGUUUCUUCUCCGUUCAUCGAUCCUUCUACCAUCACGGAAUGGAAACAAGGUCUCCGCUGUGUGAGCAAGAUAGCUUCCCAGAACCCAGACUUUGCUCCUGCAGUUCGCAAAUUGAUGAAAGAUCAAGAGUCAAAUGUCAAGUCUUGGGAGGCUGGACGCAAGAAUCUGAUUGAUGAACACAAGUUCAAGCGGGAGAACGAACGGACUCAUCGAGCUGCGCUGUCAUUACCAGGUCUCUUGGAAAACACACCGGCGCUUCGUACACCAGAGCGUGAGAAAGAGGAACUAGAUCAAUAUGACGCCAAGGUAUACCGAGCUUCCAAAGCUAUGGUCGACUCACAAACAUCAUCACUCAAAGUCUUGGGUGUUCCAUUCUUUGGUGUAAAGCCACAUCUGGUAGUUGGCUCUAGCUACGACCCGACGGAAGUCACCGACUCGCAGCCGACGCCGGCGGGCGGUAAGAUAUCAAAAGAGCAGCUUCUCGAAUUACAGCGGAAGAUGCUGAACCACUUAAUGGAGCUGUACGGGGACUGA